AUUUGAUCGAGCUGGGCAUGCCUUUUCACAGAUCCUAUCGCCGACGGUCCUACCAUCCAGAGAGCCAACACGCAAGCGUUGAAGAAUGGUGUGACGGUUACGUCGGUGUUGGAUAUGGUGCGCACCGCGCGAAGCCGGGGGUUGAGGAUUCCCGUAUUGCUCAUGGGAUACUACAACCCCUUGCUCCAGUACAAGGAGGACAAAAUGUUGAGGGAUGCGAGGGAGGCUGGCGUAAAUGGAUUCAUCAUGGUUGAUCUUCCUCCCGAAGAAGCGAUACGGUUCCGGGAUCUGUGCCGAAAGGAGGGGUUAUCUUAUGUUCCACUGAUCGCGCCCGCCACCUCCGAUUCUCGAAUGAAACUGCUCUGUAAAAUCGCUGAUUCCUUUAUUUACGUCGUUUCUCGAAUGGGUGUUACAGGUGCAACGGGGAAACUAAGCAAAGGGCUCCCGGAGCUCCUUGCUCGGGUCCACUCCUACUCCGGAAACAUCCCCACUGCGCUAGGAUUCGGCAUAAGUACCAGAGAGCAUUUUUUGAAAGUGCAGGAGAUCUCUGAAGGCGCGGUCAUCGGCAGCCAGAUUAUCACGGUCCUGGGCGAAGCACCCGCUGGCCAGCGAGUCCAGAAGAUCGAAGAAUAUUGUACCAGUAUCACUGGGAGGAAAGUGGAACGUAACACAGAGCCUGAGCCUUUGACUCGAGAAGUGGGUCUUACUGAAGCUCUCGCUCACGCCCAGGAGCCAACGAAUGCACAGGUUGAUGAAGUAGUUGCCAAUGACAAAAAGUCUGGAGCCAGCCUGGUGGAUCAGUUGGAAGCACUCAAUGUGACCGGAGAUCAGGCCGCAAUGCCUGCUCGCUUUGGCGAGUUUGGUGGGCAGUACGUGCCAGAGUCCCUCAUGGACAACCUCUUAGAGCUCGAAGCACGCGAAGACCUGAACCACACAGGAAGCCACAAGAUCAACAAUGCACUGGGCCAAGUUUUGCUCGCACGCCGCCUGGGCAAAACACGAAUCAUCGCAGAGACAGGGGCUGGCCAGCACGGCGUCGCUACAGCUACCGUCUGUGCGAAAUUCGGCAUGGAAUGCGUCAUCUACAUGGGGGCUGAAGAUGUCCGUCGCCAAGCCCUGAAUGUAUUCCGCAUCAAACUCCUCGGAGCCAAGGUCGUCGCCGUCGAGGCUGGCUCGCGCACCCUGCGUGACGCCGUCAACGAAGCACUGCGCGCUUGGGUCGUCCACCUUGAUACAACACACUACGUAAUCGGCUCAGCCAUCGGACCGCACCCCUUCCCCACCAUCGUUCGCACCCUACAGUCCGUCAUCGGCGAAGAGACCAAGGAGCAAAUGCAAAAGCUAACAGGCAGGCUACCCGAUGCCGUCGUCGCAUGCGUAGGCGGCGGCAGCAACGCUGUCGGCAUGUUCUACCCCUUCACUAAAGACCCCAGCGUCAGGCUUCUAGGUGUCGAAGCCGGCGGCGACGGCACCGACACGGCCCGGCACUCCGCGACUCUCUCGCACGGCUCCAAGGGCGUCCUGCACGGCGUGCGCACUUACAUUUUGCAAAAUGAAGAUGGCCAGAUUGCAGACACGCACUCCAUCUCCGCAGGCCUAGACUAUCCCGGUGUCGGCCCAGAGCUCUCGUCUUGGAAAGACCAGUCGCGCGCGCAGUUCAUUGCUGCGACGGAUGCGCAGGCGCUGCAAGGCUUCCGGCUCAUUACGGAGCUGGAGGGCAUCAUCCCUGCGCUGGAGUCGUCGCAUGCAGUGUUUGGUGCUGUGGAGCUGGCGAAGACGAUGAAGAAAGGCGAGAACAUCGUGCUGAAUUUGAGUGGGAGGGGCGAUAAGGACGUGCAGAGUGUGGCGGAUGCGUUACCGGAGAUAGGGCCGAAGAUUGGAUGGGAUUUGAGGUUUUGAAGGGGACGGCGGGAGGAGAUGGUGAGGUGAGGAGAGGAGACUAGUUGGUUAAAAGGAUCUCUGUUUAAUGAAGCAAAAAGUAUCUGCGAGUAGAUAUUUGAAAUCAAUGAUGCAUCUGAAAAAUUUUGGAUCUAAAAGGACAGCGGGAAGGAAGCAAUCACUUUUGUAAAUCAUGGAUGUAUGUCUCUAUCAUCAAAACAAAAAGGGGGAGGGAAAGGAAAAAGCGGUUUAUAACAUAUCUAGAAAUUAGUUAUUACUCAGGAUAAUUAUCAUUCCUUUAUUCUUAAC